GGCAUGUUGUGACAUACAACACCAUGGCUUCCUCAGGGUGAGAGAAACUGGUUAAGUACUCUGCAGAAAAGAAGCAAGCUAACUUUAGCAACUGCAUUUCAUUGCCUUGCAAGCAUAACAUACUAUAACUGUAAGCAAUGCAGUAAAAAAAAAAAUGCCAUGCAAUAUUGCAGAACCAUUAGAAUGAUAUUUUGUAUGCAUUUCGAAAGCUAUUUAUGUUCACAUUUACAACAUUAGCAGAAAUGGCAGAAGAUGACAGCACAGCUCGGAUACCAGGAGCUGAUCAGCUGUUUUUGGGCCCAGUCACCCAGCCCUACCCUCGCUCCCCGAAAACACUCCGCAAAACAGGCAGCGCUUCCAUCAAAUACACACAGGAACAGCUGUCAUGUUUUCUGGAGGAGCUGGAGAAUGAGAGCAAAAGGACAGAGGCUCGCAUGGCAUCUCUGAAAAAACGCCAAGGCAACCUCACUGCGAAUGCAGAGGUGAUAGAGCAGCAGCUACGUGAGCGCUUCGAGAAUAUGCGCCUGGCCUUAGAAAAAGAUGAGCUGGCCGCUCUGGGCAUGCUAGAACAGGACCACAGGGAGAACAGCAGUAAACUGACCCGGCAUCUGCAGGACUGGACCCAGCACCUGAGACUAGUGCGGAAACACACCAGCACCAUCAAGAAACUGCAGGAGAGCAGUGCUGAGAGCCAACAACCGGUCUGUGCUGAGGACUUCAGUUGCAGUAAGAAGCUGGAUGUAGCUGAGGAGGCCAUCAGGCUUAAUGAGGAGAAAUUCCAGAAGCUUAUGAAGGCUUUAGGGAAGAUUUCAAAAGAGCUGCAGGCCCAACUACAGAGAAAGAGCCUGUUACUGGACUCCACUGAGGUGGUGAUUGACAGGAUGACUAGCCACAGGCAGAUCAAACUGACGUCAAAAGGCCGGUCCAUGAACAUUUCUGCAGAAGACUCUUCAGGUCCUAAUCAACCCCAGCAGUUUGAUCAGGUCUACUGUGCCCUGGGCUCAGUUUCAAUAACAGGAGGUCAGCAUUACUGGGAAGUAGAUGUUCACUGCUGCUCUGCCUGGGCUGUGGGCGUGGCCUAUGGCAGCCUGAGCAGGAAAGGGCAAGACAAAAGUACAAAACUGGGCAGAAACAAGCUCUCCUGGUGUCUGGAGUUUCAAGAUGGACAACUCUCAGCCUGGCACAAUGACCGGCAUGUGGUGGUGUCUGGCAGGACAGGACGAGGGGCACCGGACAAAGUGGGCAUCUUUGUAAACUACCAGAAGGGUCGUGUGGCCUUCUAUGAUGCUGAAACUAUGAAAGUGCUGCAGGAGUUUUCACCAGCUUCCACUGCUGUGUUUGAGAGAGCCUAUCACCAGUUUACAGAGGUGCUCUUCCCCGCCUUUCGCUUCUUUAAAGCAAAAGAUGGACACAGUGUCCCAGAUCAUAUGGAAAUCUGUGAUCUCAGCAUGUGAUCGAUUAUCCUACACUAAUAUCCUAUUGAUAGGUAUAAACCGUUGCUAUGGGGAUAAAAACCUUUUCCAUAAUUAAUUUUUUUUAUUAUUAUUAUUGUUUUUCUUUUUAUCAUUUGAAGAUACUGGCCGUCUGUUACAAA